AUGAGUGCACCAACAGCAUUAAAGACAGUAGAAACCCCACAGGAAAAAGCACCUGUAGUAACUCCACAGGAGAACCAAGAUGACGAGGGCAUGCUUAUUGACACAGAAAACAUCCCUACUGAAGAACUACAACAAGCACAAGCAGCAGACUCACAAAAAGUUGAACUUGACGAACUGGGGAAACCCAAAUUUUCAGGAGAAGCACAGUCCAAUAUGAAGGUCAAGUUGGAAAGCAGGAAAGUGCCAGUCCCACCCCAUCGUAUGACGCCAUUGAAAAAUGUAUGGACCAAGAUAUACCCUCCUCUAGUUGAUCAUUUGAAACUACAGGUGAGAAUGAACCUCAAGACAAAGACGGUUGAAUUGAGAACAAAUAAAGCCACAACUGAUCCUGGAGCGUUGCAAAAGGGGGCCGAUUUCAUCAAAGCUUUCACAUUGGGAUUCGAUGUUGACGAUGCUAUAGCGUUGUUAAGAUUGGAUGAUUUAUACAUUGAGACCUUUGAAAUCAAGGAUGUCAAAACUUUAACUGGUGACCAUUUGAGCAGAGCCAUUGGUCGUAUUGCUGGUAAGGAUGGUAAAACAAAGUUUGCUAUUGAAAAUGCGACAAGGACUAGAAUAGUGUUGGCCGACUCCAAAAUACAUAUAUUGGGAGGAUUCACGCAUAUAAGAAUGGCUAGAGAGGCUGUUGUGUCGUUGAUUUUGGGUUCGCCGCCAGGUAAAGUAUAUGGAAAUUUGAGAACUGUUGCUAGUAGAAUGAAGGAAAGAUACUAA